GUCUGCGUACCCUGCCGAAUCGGACCUUGCCCCGUUCUGUCAAUGGAGGCGUGGGACUCUCACGACGAGGAGGAAGAACGGGAGGAGGAGGAGCUCGAUUUCUUCGACGCCCUCGAAUUUUUACCUGAGCAAGACGAGGUAUUCCUCUCCGAUUCCCCUCCGCAUCUUGGAUUGGAUUCUCCCUCCGGGAAUCGGUGGAAGACGUUGCUCCCAUUGGAAGGCCAGGGAUCGGAUUCGGAAUCUUCCACGUCUUCUUCCAUCACCUCAGAAAAAGUUGCUAAUGGAGGAGGAGACGGACGAGAGGAAGUUCCUGCUCAGUCCGGAGCUACAGCCCCUGCCCGUCCAGCUGACUCCGAGGAAAAUGGUGCCCGAUCGCAGCCGCGAAGGGGCUUCUUGGAAUCCUCGGUCGACGUCGUGAUUAAAUCUGUCUUCUUUCAGUUCAGCCUGCUAAUUGGCUUCGCUAAAUUGUCCUUUUGCGUACUGUUUUGCCCUUUCUAUUUCUUUCUCGAUCCUUUCGGCCUUCUUCGCCGGGCAAGUGAUGCAGCAAGGCGGAGGAUUUUUAGAUUGUUCAAGGAUUUCCUCUAUAAAGUUCACCCUUUUUGGGUUGGGAGACUGAUCGAGCCACAGGAGGCUGUGAAAUUGCUGGUGAGGUUGGCAUGGGGUUGCUUCUGGUCACUAUACGUCUGUUUCAUUUUGUUUGCGCUUUUGGCAGCCUCAUCUUUGGCAACGUUUCUGGCCAUGCGUAGGGUAGUGGAAGCUCCAGUAUCCAUGACUGAGGAAUUGAGUUUUGAUUACGCUAAGCCUAUCCCUGAAGCUCUUGUGCCUGUAACUACAUCAGAUGGUUGCUUUGGUUCUGGUGAAACAAUUGAUGUUGUAGGCCAUGAAUUUAGGCGGCUUGUUUCUCCUAAUAAAAAACUGCAGCUAACCAUUUCAUUGAAAUUACCAGAAUCAGAUUACAACAGAAAGCUUGGAGUCUUCCAGGUCAGAGUGGAACUACUAACUUCAGAUGGCAAAGUCACAUCUAGUUCAAGACAUCCAUGCUUGCUUCGCUUCAAGAGCUCUCAGAUUCACUUCUUGCAGACAUUCCUUAAAUCCUUACUUCUAUUAGCAGGCUACUCGGACGAAUCACAAGUUCUUAAGCUACCAAUGAAAGGACUCACUGAAGGAACUAAACCAACUACAUGCAUUAGGGUGUCUCUAGAACAGAGAGCAGAGUAUAGGGAUGGUGCUGGUAUUCCUGAGAUUUAUUCUGCAUCCAUGAAACUUGAAUCCGAGCUUCCUCUUGUCAAGAGAAUUCUAUGGAACUGGAAGAUCACUGUGUUCGUCUGGACUACCAUGGUCGUGUUUAUCCUGCUUUUGCUCGCUGUACUUGUAUGUUGCAGAUCGAUUUUAACUCCUGGAGCAAGGCGUGGUGGCGGUGGCGGUGGCCCGGGUGGUUAAAUAUUCAUUUGCUAGUGUUUUCGACUGCUCGGUUAUGGGGCUAGCCUCCAAUUCCAGCUAACAAUAAUGGUUAUGCAAGUAACUUGGUCAGCUCGACAAUUUCAAACACUCAUUGGCAUCUGCUAUGCCCUCCAACUCACUCUUAUGUAUGAUAGUUUGUUACUUGCAUAAUUUUGUAUUGUUCAUUGAAGAAAUUAAGUUGCAUUUGUUCUUCAUUUCCAUCCAA